AUGUCUGACUCUGUCAUGGCGUCUCUGGCUCUGAAACCAUCUUCGUCUCCAUUGCUGGAACGAUCGAAGCCAAGCGCGCGACCAUCGGUGAGGCCGCCGUUGUUCAUAGUGGCCAAGAAGGCGAAGAAGGUCCAGACUUCCCAACCCUACGGGCCUUCUGGAGAGGUGGUGUUCAAGGAAGGCGUUGAUGCAUCUGGGAGGGUAGCCAAGGGGAAGGGUGUUUACCAGUUCUCCAACAAGUAUGGAGCAAAUGUUGAUGGGUACAGCCCAAUAUAUACCCCAGAAGAAUGGUCUCCAAGUGGUGAUGUUUAUGUUGGAGGAAAGACAGGGCUAUUUCUCUGGGCAGUUACUCUGACUGGAAUUCUGCUGGGUGGUGCUCUUCUUGUCUACAGUACUAGUGCCUUGGCUUCUUGA